AUGCGUGUUCUGGAUAUCAUAGAUAAAGAUCUAUUCUUUAUUAUUAUUAUUGUUAAAUGUAAGUUCAUCAGUGAAGAACGAUUGCCUCAUCUGCUCUUCUAUGGACCUCCAGGAACAGGAAAGACCUCUACUAUACUAGCAUGUGCUAAACAGCUGUACAAAGAUAAAGAGUUCAACUCUAUGGUCCUGGAGCUCAAUGCGUCAGAUGACCGUGGCAUAGACGUGGUGAGGGGACCGAUCCUCAGCUUUGCCAGCACACGAACCAUCUUCAAGAAAGGCUUUAAGUUGGUGAUCCUGGACGAGGCGGAUGCUAUGACCCAGGAUGCACAGAAUGCUUUAAGGAGAGGUAGUGUACCAUCUGCCCCUCUAUCAGCUCACCUGCUGAGCCCCCAAAUGGCCCGAUGGCUGAAGAAUAAGAGUACCCAUAUGGCCUAUGGGAAGGUGACGGAGGAGACGGUGUACACAUGUACUGGACAUCCUCUUAGAUCAGACAUCGCCAACAUACUAGACUGGGCCCUCAAUAAAGACUUCACCACUGCAUAUAAGCAAAUUCUGCAGCUCAAAACUCUAAAAGGUCUGGCACUUCAUGACAUUUUAACUGAAGUUCAUCUUCUCAUUCACCGUGUGGACUUCCCACCCUCCAUCCGCAUGGGCUUGCUUAUAAAGCUUGCAGAUAUUGAGUAUCGUCUGGCCUCUGGAACCAAUGAGAAGAUCCAGCUGAGCUCAAUGCUUGCAGCUUUCCAGGCUGUUAGAGACAUCGUAGUCAGCGAUGGAUAGACCAUUGGUUCACACUUUGAAAGGGUUAUGUAACAUAGAUCCAUGAUGUCAUGAGAGGAAGUUGUUUACUUCAUAUUGUUCUGACAAAAAAAAAAAAAAACUAUGCGCAGAACCCUGUAAUAUUUUUGAAAUGUUUAUUUUUUUAUGCUUGAAAUAAAGCUCGUCUCAGUACUUUGUAAAAGAAAUGCUUCAUUUUCAAAGUAGUUAUGUAAAAAAUAAAGUCUUUAAAUAAAUAUUUCAAGUCUUUGUUUUGAAAGCAUA